AUGGGUGUUGCAGAGUAUAAUGCAAUGGAUGAAACCGUUGCGGCUUUUGAUCUGAAAAUGGAAUUGGUGGUGGUUACAGCCUUGAUUUUAAUGGCUGCCAUUCGAGUGUUGUCUUCGUCUGGGGUGGCUCCUUGUAACAAGAGCACGUACCUUGAAUUGCUAGAUAAGCAUCCACCUGCGCCUCCUCCCACUGUUCCCGACGAUGCUGCCAUGGUCGACCCAAUUACAGUGGAUUCUCGGGCUGUUUUAGGGGCUAUCAAGAGCUUCCCAAAAGGCACUUCAUGCAGCCGUGAUGGUUUGCAUGCUCAUCAUUUGGUCGACGCAAUUAGUGGGGCAGCAGCUGCUGUUGCUGACGAUUUACUCGUUUCGAUUACUGGAGUUUUCAAUCUUUGGUUAGCUGGAAGGUGUCCUGCGGUUUUGGGAGAGUUUAUCGCCAGUGCACCUUUAACUCCGUCACUUAAAACUGGAGGUGGAAUUAGGCCUAUUGCAGUUGGUACAAUAUGGCGUAGAGUUUCGAAAGUGGCUGUUUUCUCGGUUGGAAAGGAUAUGUCAUCUUAUUUGGGUGAUUACCAAUUCGGGGUUGGUAUUCCUGCUAGUGGGGAAAGUAUUUUACAUGCUGUAAAUCGUUUACUGGAGAUGAAAGGUCACUCAGACAAGAUGUCAAUGCUGCUCAUUGACUUUCCCAAUGCCUUCAACAUGGUGAGCAGAUCGCAGCUCAUCAAGGAGGUUCGCCUUCAUUGUGCAAGUAUUUCUCGCUGGGUAGAAUUUUGUUACUUGAGGCCUGCCAAACUCUAUUACGACCAUUAUAUUUUGUCUUCUGCACUUGGAGUUCAGCAAGGUGACCCUCUCGGUCCCUUGAUUUUUGCGUUGACUCUUCACCCACUGGUGAAGACUAUUGCUUCUCAAUGCAAACUCGACUUGCACGCUUGGUACCUUAAUAAUGGUAUAAUUAUUGGUGAUACAUUAGAGGUAGCUAAGGCUCUGAGCAUAAUCGAAACUGAAGGACCAUGCAGGGGUUUACAUCUUAAUGUUAAAAAAACGGAAGCCUUUUGGCCUUCUACUGACCCCAGAAGCACAGCUGGCGGAGUUUUCCCUGCUGAUAUUGGUAGACCUUCUAAUGGUGUUAAACUUUUGGGUGGACCGGUGAGUUUAGAUUUGAACUUUAUCAUUGAUAUGAUGUUGAGAAGGGUGAAUAAGACUGUUCAAUUAACGUCUGCAAUAAAGAAACUCAAAGACCCUCAAAGUGAGAUGCUAUUACUUCACAAUUGCACUGGAGUUUCUACAUUAUAUUUUGAAAUGCGUACUAACAAUCAUGCAUCCCUGCAAUCAACUACUUCCUUUUUUGAUGAUCACUUGCUUAAGUACUUGAGACUUCUUAUCACUGGUGAUGGUGCGGGGUUUGGUCCUCUACAACAACGAUUAGCUACCUUGCCUAUCAAAGAUGGCGUACUUGGAAUUUACACCAUGGCUGACACAAGCGCCUAUUGUUACCUUGCUUCUCAGAGUCAGACUACUUCGGUACAAAAGGUGAUUCUUGGUAAUUCAUUCUCAACUGAAAAAGACUCUGCUUAUCAGUUUGCACUUCAGAAUUUUAUUCAGCAUCAACAGUGGAUACAGGAGAUGCUGAUGUUGCUUCCAUUGUUCCAAUCGGUUGAUGGCUGCAUACAAAGGAAGAAUGGAUCCUCAAAUUUGCUCGAGUAUGAUGGAGAAAUGGAACAGUGGCGUCAGGGGUUGUUGGCCGAUGGUGCUGUGACUGAUAUGGCAUUGCUCGUGUUAUGCUCGAGUUUGAGAACUUUUGGAAAGAAUGAUGGGUUGGCUGAUAUUAAGCUACUGCAAUCGUCGGUGUUGGAAAAAGAAGAGACGAAGAAAGAUGUUAGACGAAUUGGUUUCACGACACAGACGCAGUUUCUAUCUGCGUUUGAAUGA